AUGGCGAUGAUGAUGACUGGCCGUGUGCUGCUGGUGUGUGCCCUCUGCGUGCUGUGGUGCAUCGUUGCUGCGGUGAAUGGUGGUGCUGUUGCCGCAAUGGAAAGUGAAGAAGAAUCCGAGCGUUUACCGUCUGGACGUCAAGACGGCGAUGGAAGGGGUCACCAGGAAUCAGAGGAUUCAGUCCAGCAAGAGUCCGAGACCGCAAAUGAAUCGUUGGGUGCCGGAAAAGGGAAGAGUCCUAAAAAGCAGGAUGGAGUUGUCUCCACACAACCAAUAAAUUCCGACAGAACGGUCAUAGAAACGGAAACAGAAAGGGGUAAAAGUAAAGAAGAGGGGAGUAAAGAAACAACGGGGAGGAUUGUAACUCCAAAGAGGGAUGAAAAGAUAACCGAAUUAACAUCAACGACAGAAGAAGAUCGAAAAAAGGCAUCUCCACCGGCUGAAAGAGCACAAACAAAGGACGAAAUCACGCCGGGAGUAACGCCACCCGCAAAAAAUGAAAACUCAGCAGGAAUUUUAAGUGCAACGCCAGGAAAAGCAAUGGUCAUCCCUGAAGGUAAUUCCAAACAAUCAGAAGGAGGAACAAAUCCAGCAAAUGGAUUGGCAACAGCAAUGCCAUCAACAAAAAAAGGGGAAGCUCCAGAGGCACUAACAUCACAACCCACAAAAAAUGAAAAAGCAGAAGGAGAUUCAACAGUAAGAAGAAAUACUGAAAAACCCAUCCCUGAGGUUACCGCCUCCGUGCAAAAAACAGAAAUUCUCCUGGACGACGAGGAGGUAACAAGCAAUCAACGAAAUGAAGACCUUGCAUCAACCACCGGCAACCAAGAGGGUGAACAAUCGGACUUUCAUGCCGAAUCGACACCAAAAUCAAUCUCAGCUGCCAGUAAUGCUGCCAAUGAUGACGCUGACACGGAUACUGAUCAAGGGAUUCCAAAUAAUGAUUCAGCAACCGGUGGUGCAGUCACAGAAGGAAGACACCAAGAUGGAAAAAAAGAAGAGAGAGCGGAGGAAAAAACACCUCUCAAAUCUGUCCCUAUCAUAAAUGAUACGGCGACGACUGGCGACAGUGACGGCAGCACCGCGGUCUCACACACAACCUCCCCUCUUUUGCUUCUUCUUGUUGUUGCGUGUGCGGCUGCUGCUGCGGUGGUGGCCGCGUGA